CGAUGAUACAAAACAACUACAUCCGGUCACAUGCCCUAUUCUUCCUUUCGUUCCUGGUUGUGAGGCUUUUCGCCGCAACUGUAAUUCCACGUGUGGAUUUUAUUUAAACUUUCAGGUUUAAACCCACUUCCACAACAUGUCGUCGUCAUUUGAGCAAAUGCGAGCAAACGUAGGGAAGCUUCUCCGUGGAAUUGACAGAUACAAUCCAGAGAAUCUCGCCACUUUGGAGCGCUAUGUGGAAACGCAAGCAAGAGAGAAUGCUUAUGACUUGGAAGCCAAUCUAGCCGUUCUCAAACUGUACCAAUUCAAUCCAGCCUACUUCCAGACCACCGUCACAUCACAAAUUUUGCUGAAGGCGCUGACGAACCUGCCACAUACAGACUUCACCCUGUGCAAGUGCAUGAUUGACGCGACACAUCAAGAGGAACGACCAAUCAGGCAAAUCCUCUAUCUUGGGAACCUUCUCGAGACUUGUCACUUCCAGGCUUUUUGGACUAGUUUGGAGGAGAACAGGGAGCUGCUUGACGGCAUCACUGGAUUUGAAGAGUCCGUACGCAAAUUUAUCUGCCAUGUUGUGGGCAUCACCUACCAGAACAUCGAACACAGACUUCUGGCUGACAUGUUGGGUGACCCAUUGGACACGCAGGUGAAGGUGUGGAUGAGCAAAUACGGCUGGACAGAAAAUGAAGACAACAUGAUUUUCAUCUUCAAUCAGGAAGAGAGCAUCAAGCCCAAGAACAUUGUGGAGAAGAUUGACUUUGAAAGUGUAUCGAGCAUCAUGGCAACAUCGCAGUGAAGCACUCCUUAAUAACAAGACGAUUCCAGGUGGUUUUUCAGUUUGUUUGUAUGGGGUCAUCAAAAUAAACAUCAGUGGCCCAAC